AUGGUUGAUUCAGCCACCUAUACAAUAGACGAUUUAAAGUUUGUUUAUUAUGAUAACGACACAACAACAGAUGGUAAAUUAACACCAACGACGGCUGCAAUUUUGUCUUUUCAACAACGAUUGACCAUUAUAUUCGCACAAAUCAAUAUGACAGCAGUAUUGACAAAACAAGUUAUAGAAACAUUGUUGGCAAGUGGACGAAGGAAAAGAGCAUCUGCAAAGGCACCGACGAAACAGUCUUCGACGCAAUGCGUGGUCGGUCCAGGCCAAAGGCGAAAACGUCGUGCCGCCACUACAUCAGAUAAUAGUACGGAUUUGAAUUGUCAACAAUUAUGUUCAAACUAUAAUAUUCAAAAGAUAAGAAAAUUGCUGGACAACACAAUCAAUUCUACACAAAGCAAUGUUCUUGAUGAAUAUCGUGUCGAUUGCGGUCUGGUUCCUCAAGACGGAGCCCUCGUUGACAUGACAAUGACAAAUUACAGUCGCAAUAUUACUGUCACAAUGGGUAAU